ACGUACACUAUAGAUUCUCAGUACAGGUAGUGAAUAUCGAAAGAUCGAAACGCAGUAUGUCAGCCUGUAUACAUAUGUAACUGAUGUAUACAGUGCUAAUGAACUGUCAUAACGAUGAGAUGAUGCAGUCAGAUGCAAUUGCAAAUUUUAACUUUUCGAGUUCCCGAAAUGGAAAUUGAUAAAAGAGCGAAAUAAGAUUUUUGCAUUUGCAGAACUUAAGCUUGCUUUCUAUCGUGCUUUCUAUGUGCGUGACACAGUGUAUUGGAAUGAGAUGACCAAGCAUUCAAAAGCCGUCAAAAAAUUUUAAAGAUAUGUAAUCGUACACGAGCGUAGCAGAAGCAAAAUUAUUUACAUCUAGAGAGGAAAGAGCUUUUUGCUGGCUUUAUGUCAAAAUGGGAAAAGCGAUCAAUGCAAAUUCAAUGGAGAUGCGAAAUGCUUUGGAAUUGAUUAUUGUAUUGCUGCUUUUCGAUAUUGCAGCUUCGAUUUCGUCACCAUCAGCAUUCUCCCCGAUCGUCAUCAAGGCUGACUACGAUCAGCCAGAAAAGAAUAUCACAAAUUCUACUGCUGAAUAUGUGUUUUUGUAUCGUGCCGCCGAUAUAUCUCUGGAAACUGCAAAGAUAGAAAUAGAAAGUAACGCAACGCACAGAUUUCCAUUGAUAGUAAUAGUGCGUCAAACAACAGGUAUUCUAUCUUGGCAAAUACCUUUACUAGUCGAUGGCACAGAUUCUAUAAUAUAUAAUAAAACUAGUCGAAUUCUGUGCUCAACGAAAUACUAUCGAUACGCGCCAAAGAAUAAAGAGGAAUAUGUCAUUGUUGGUAUCUCUACAGCUAGUCCUGAGAAUAUCUUCUUUGAACUCAAUGUAGUGAAAGUAGAGGACUUUUAUUUAAGUUCGGGAAAUAAGACAAUAAUAGAGAUCUCUCCAUCCGAGCCUAUAUAUUAUGGUUACAUUUUCUCGAAACAAGCGGAUAAUUCCUCCGUUAUUGUUCGCGUCGAAUCGGACAAUGAUAUUUGUAUGACUGUGUCUAUACAAAAUACAUCAUGUCCUGUGUUUGAUUUAGAACGAAACAUCGAGCUUUCUGGACAUUGGCAGACUGUAAGUAGAAGAGGGGGCAUUACGGUACCGAGAGAGGCUUAUCCUUCAGGAUUCUUCGUCGUACUCGUCGUUAAAGGGGAAGAUACGGAUUGCAACGGGACAUCCGGUAAUAAUCCUCUUCGUAGGAAGAACGUUACGUUAAUUAUUAAUCCUACCAUCACCGAACGAGAUUAUAUCAUUGCUACGGCAUCAGCUGGGGCAAUUGCAUUGUGUUUUUGUAUCUUUUAUAUAACGGCUGUGAUAGUGUUCAAUAUCAGAAAGAGCAGAAGGUUUAUACAAGAACCAAUAAAUGAGCAAAACGAGGAUAUUAACGAUCACGCGCCGAGUCCCUCGAUGACGGGAGAGGUCAGGUCGAAGAAAUGGGAUUCUGUGGAGGAAGAUUCGUCCCUAGACGAGGACGACAUAGAUCUAAUGGAGGAUGCUCUCUCCGAUAAGGAUGUAAUACGAACAAAGAUCGUUCUCUCAGUCUGCGAUCUCGCUCGCAAGGAACCGCGGAUAUUGCGGCACAAAUCUCGUUUAUAUCUAUAUUAUUUGGCAACCGUCGCAGUGUUUUACACGCUGCCGGUUGUCCAAUUGGCGAUAACGUACCAGCGUGUGCUUCAUACCACCGGAAAUCAAGAUAUGUGUUACUACAACUUUCUGUGUGCCCAUCCGCUAGGCUUGCUGUCCGAUUUUAAUCAUGUAUUUUCGAAUUUCGGAUACUUUUUACUAGGCUUACUAUUUAUAUUUCUAACUUAUUCUCGAGAGCGUAACGAGUCGGAGACGGAUAUGACUAAAUGUUACGGCAUACCGCAGCAUUACGGUCUGUUUUACGCGAUGGGCACGGCAUUGAUAAUGGAAGGCAUAUUGUCGGCAAGUUAUCACGUGUGUCCUAGUCGUAGUAAUUUUCAAUUUGAUACCAGCUUCAUGUACAUAAUCGCGGUGCUCUGCAUGCUCAAGAUCUAUCAAAAUCGUCAUCCUGAUAUAAAUGCCAGGGCACCGGUGACAUUUGGAAUUUUAGCCCUUAUUAUAUUCGUAGGAUUAAUCGGAGUUUUGAAUGGUUCCACGUAUUUCUGGGUGAUAUUCAGCAUCCUGCAUUUACUCAUAUGCUUUAUUCUGACUGUACAGAUAUAUUACAUGGGACGAUGCAAAUUCAACAGAGGCGUUUUUAACAGAGUAAUACAGGUAUGUUUCCUUUCUCUAAUAUUCUGUAACCGCUGCAAGACACUCGAUUCUAUCAUUCUGCAGACAUUCAAACACGACGCGCGUUGUGGUAUAUGGCAUCUACUCCGACCUCUCUAUCCCGCCAGAUUCAUAAUGCUCGUGCUAGCGAAUUUAUGCAACGUGGGACUCGCGGUAUUCGGAAAUAUGUAUCACGAGGGCAAUUUCGCUACGUUUUUACUAGCUAUACUAAUGUCUAAUUUAAUUUUAUACACCUUCUUUUACAUAGUGAUGAAGCUCUGCCAUAGAGAACGGAUUCUUCUCAUGCCCGGAAUAUAUAUCUUCUUAUCCAUGCUAUUUUGGGGAGCAGCUCUGUACUUCUUUGUGAAUAAAACUAUAUCCUGGGCUCUUACGCCAGCCCAAUCUCGUCUGUAUAAUAAACCGUGCGAAUUAUGGAAUUUUUUUGAUUCUCACGAUAUUUGGCAUUUUCUUUCAGCGUUAGCAAUGUUCUUUUCGUUUAUGGUAUUACUUACUUUAGACGAUGAUCUAACAGAUGUACAUCGUAGCCAAAUACCAGUUUUUUGAGAAUUUCUUUUUUAUAUUUUUAAAUUAUAUGUAUAAUUUUGUAACUUCUUUUUACAAAGCUUUUAAAUAUAUACAAUGUAUAGUUUACUUGGAUAAUGUUAUCACAAUUGUAUAAAACAUAUAAAAAAACUCUUUCUCUUGUGAUAGAAACGCGCCAUAAUUAUUGUCUGUACGAAAGGAUCGCGCAUGAUAUUGGAAGUAGAACGAGUAAACGUAUAUAAAUGCAUACGAAAUUCUAUAUAAGUUUUCCGUUAUAACUAAAGUAUAUAACAAAUUUUUAAAUCGAAAUCUUUCGAUGGCGCCUUUUUUAUAGGAUAUGAUAAAAAGUUUUAAAAAAUUUAUAAAUACACAUCUUUCACAUAAAAUGUGAAAAAGAAAAAAAUAACAUUCGAAUUGUGCUCUUGUUGCAUAUAUCAUAAAACAUUGUUAUGCGAGCAUAUUGUUUGUAAAAUAUUACAACCGCGUUUCCUUCGAAAAAUGUGUGUAAAUGUGUGCGUGUGCGCGCGCGUGAGUGUAAUUAUACAUAGAAUACCGUAUUUUAAUAACGCAUGUUCUUCCAGAUAUAUAUAUAUAUAUAUGUAUGUAUAUGUCUAUAUGUAUAUAUAUAUAUGUAUAUAGUGUCUUAUCAUCAAAAAACGUUAUAACCAAGGAAUUAAAAAUUAAAAGAUAAUGUGUGUGUUAAGAUAUCAUGCUAUGUUGUCAUAAAAAAAAAA